ACUCUGAGGCAUUGAGGAAGAAAAGCAGCAUUUGAAAGUAUCACCUUCGGGCUCAGAGCUUUCAUAAUACAUCUAGACUUUUCCCACCUGUUGCUGCUGCCAUCAAACUAACUUACAAUGCCAUCGAUCGGCCCUUCCUUCUUUAUCCUGGGUUUGGUUGUGGCUUCUGUCACAGCAAAUGUGACGUCAACAAGCACAGCGCUUCCCAAUGAAUCCACCGCUGCAACAACCCUCGUCACCACCGAUGUCACCAGAACCACCGACACCUUUACCGUCACUAUCCCUACCACUAACAGCACCGAGGGCACCAUCUCACCCUCAACAACAGAGAUAGGUGGUGACAAUUCUACAAAUGGCAAUGUAACCAAGACUACAGUGUCCCCAAUCACCAAACCUAAAUCCACUAAUCCAACAUCUACCACCAAACCAAUCAUCAUAGGUGAGUUGAGACUGCUGAUUAAUAAACCAUGUUCUACAAUUUGGUGUUCCUUGAUUAGUCUGAGGAUUUGACAGUUUUACAUUGCCACACAUUGUGAUAUAAGUGGGGACAACUGAAACUUAUAUGCCACUCAAAUUAUAUUUAUCUUGAGCAUAAACCAAAUUCAUCGCUUUGUGGGCUAUAAUAAGAACAAGCUAAUUACAGAAACACAGUUCUCAUAACCUGCUGUACAUUUUAUCUUGUUAAAUCAAAAUGUUAAAUGACGGAGAAAAAGA